GAACUUUCUAUUAUUGCAUCACCAUCGAUUGGAAGCUCUGUCAGCAUGGCUACGUCCUUCAACGUAAUCGUCAUCUCUCCCUCUAGAAGGUGGAAUGUGUGCGUUUCUUUUCUCCAUCUUUCCACCAUUGCCGUAAGAAGGUUGUUGUCCAUCUCCAUCCCCACAAACUUUCGCACCCUCAGCAAUCGCGCUCUUUCAAUGAAGGGCUCGAUACGAUCAUCCCAUUUAGGCAAGCGAGAUAGCGACCGAUGGGUGAUUACGUCAAGUUGUUCCUGUAGAAAAAAAAACAUUAAUUAUUAUACAAAAAUAUUAGAAGAAUACUAUCACAUUAAAAAAAAGUACAUGAGGAAGUGCCUACCGGAUCUGCCGCCCAAACACUUUCAGACCGAUGGUAAGGUUGCUCAUCCAACAAAUCGGUUUCUCGCGGUCCACCUUGAAUGUAUAAUCUAGGAUCGUAAAUACUCGGAUCCAUCUCGACAAUUUUGAGUGAUAGAAGUACCAAACUAAAGAAAAAAAAUCUGAUGCGGAAGAUCGGGCUUAGCCGCAACCACAGAGCAUAUUUUUUUCUUCAAGAGUGGUGGGAGGAAGAGAGGAAGAAGAAUGGAGUGGUGUGAGUUUUGGUGGAAUAUGAGGGGGGGUAUUUAUAGGUUCUGUGGGAGAGUGGAUCGAGUUUACAAAACUUGAACUAGUGCAUCGAUUUUUGUGCACUCGAUCCGCGUCAAAAGCAGAUCGUGGUUAGGCGCAUCGAACGAACCAGAUCGAGCUUAGGGUAAUCGAUCAACGGUUGAUCGAGGCUGACAUCAGCGAUCCACUGCAUCGAGUUUUAGGCACUCGAUCCGCGUCAUCGCGUUUGACGCACUCGAUCCGCGUCAUCCCUUCUUCGCGGGUUUGACAGUCGAACGGCCUAGAUCGAGUUUAGACCACUCGAUCAACGGUGGGGCGCGCCUGACGUCAUCGAUCCGCGUCAACUGGAUCGAUUAUACCUGACUCGAUCCACCUACCUCGAGUUUACCGCACUCGAUCCGGGUCAUCACUGCUUCGAUGGUUGAGCAAUCGAACGACCCUGAUCGCGUCCUAGUAAAUCGAUCUAUGGUGGAGCGCUACCCAUCUCAUCGAUCCACUUCAUGUGGUUCGAGUGUUCCAUCCUCGAUUCACCUGGAUCGUGUUUUUGGCAAUCGAUCCACUACUAGUUCGAGUUUUGUGAACUCGAACUAUGUCAAACUUUGGUAGUUUGGGAAUUUUUUUUAAAAGUUCGGUAUUCUGGGAAUUUUUUUUAAUUAUUACUGUAUUUUGGGAAUUAAUCCAAACUCAACCUUGUCUAUGAAACUAUGCGAGCUGGUCUCCUUAGCCGUAAUAUUGCUACGGUUGAGGCAGCUCUUCCUGAACUUACUCGUGAAGAACGUCAGAUUCAGACUCAGGCUACUGUGGAUACACAUUUUCAUGAUGCCAACGCGGCCUUUGCUGCCACAGCUGCCCGUCGCUAUACUCCUCCUUCAGCUGCGGGUGGGUCCUCUUCUUCUGGUGGUGCUCGUCCAGCGCUUGCUUCCCGUCCUCAGUUUGUCUCUCCUCCUUCUGGUGAUAUUCGCUGCCACUAUUGCCAGGAACCCGGUCAUAUCCAACCUCAUUGUCGCACUCGCAAUCUCUACACGUACUGCAAGCGCACCGGCCACAUUAUACUUGACUGUCCUCGGCUGAAGAACCUUCAUCCACGAACAAAUGGUGCCACAGGCUAUCAUGGCUCUUCUGGUCCUUCGUUCGCUGUUCAGCCCACUCAUGUUGCUGCUGCUUCUGUUGUGCCGACCCGCCUAUCUCCUGAAUCUUUGGAUACUUUGCUUCAGCAGGCUCUUUAGCGUGUUCUUCCCACUGCUCUUAACGUAGCUUUUAACGCUACGUCUUGUUCGGGUACUUCUUCUUGGCUUCUCGACACUACCGCCUUUAACCACUUGUUCGGGCGAAUAUGUCGAUUCAUGAGAUUGGUGAUGUUCGUAGUUCUCAGAUUCACUUAUCCAACACUCUCUAUGUUCCCAACUUGGUUCCCAAUUUGGUUAGUGUUGGGCAAUUGCCGGAUCAGGGGUGCCGAGUUGUCUUUGAUGAUCGUGGUUGUCUUGUGCAGGACCAGAAAACGGGGACGAUAAUGGGCCGCGGGAGUAAGCAGGGUCAAGUGUACCGGUUAGAUCAUUUUUCUUCUCCUUAUCCUGGGCUUGGUGGGAUGUUGUUGCCGCGACAGGAUCUAGUGAAUGGAGCGUCUUCCACCGACAAGAAACUUGCUCCUUUUUG